AUGAUGAAGGAGAUACAAGAGAACAGAACAAGGUCUGAGGAGAAUGAGAGUAAGGAGAAGGAAGCCGAGGAAGAAAAACCACUCGAGGUUAAGCAAAAGUCAGAGGCACCGCGGGAAACGAUAGAAACUGUUGACGAAGAAGAAUCGAUCACCACACCUCCUGAUGAUAAAGCAGGAAAGGAAAUUCUGGAGGAGGCACACGAUGAACCGCAAGAGAAAGGAGAAGAGGUCAUUGGGCAUGAUGUUGGACUCGACAAUACACUUUUCUAUCUCCAGUCAGAAAAAGUGCAUGUGCCCAACGAGAAGGUGGAUGAAUUCACAAUUGCGGUGAAAGAAGAGAGUACACCUACAGAGAGACCACCUCUAGUGAUCGACGAGUCUGAGAGGUGUGGCUAUGAAGAGGAAAAACCAGAGCUGAAGGGGGAAGAAAGAUCGAGGAGAAAAGCUGCAAGAGAUAUCUACUGGGUGCAGCUGCAACCAUGGCCGGAGCCGCUUAGGAUGGAGAAGCCUCCUUACUCUGGAUUACGUCCCAAAGAGAAGAAGAAGAUUCAGAGGGCGUACAAGAAUCACAAGAAAAAACGAGGUGCCAUGGUGAUGUACCUAAAAAAAAUCGUUGGAUAG